AUGCCUCUGCACUUUUUUAAAGCUCAGGUUUUUUUAUACAUCUCAAUUACCUACUUGGGCAACUUUUUCCUCAGUGGAUUAUCUUUGAGUUUCAUAUUAAUAGGAAUUCAGGUGACACUCGAGGGAGAUCCUGUGUGUCCUUUCAAUGGAGGGCAUAAACUCCCAUACGAGAGGCUGUUAUUCGCUUCUCGUGCCGAAUGUUCAACACUUUACUCAGCCAUCUCUUCAUCGGACGGGAAAGUUUUUGCAAGCGUGCCGAUGGCGGUUCCCUCUCGGAAACCUCCCGUGGUACCGAUUGUAAAGCAAUACGGGGUUGUUGCAAAACAGCCGCUGGAACUCUUCGCUCGCUCCCUUUUGCCGUAUACUGUAUCGGUUGGUUACGAAGCGCUCCUCCUGCAAUCCAGCCUCUGUUUGAUCUCUUUGAAUAAAGACAAUGAAGUGUAA